CUUCCAAUUGGAAGGCGCGGUCAGCUGCGCGGGACGACGGAUAAGCUUCCCCUCGAAUGCGAAUAUAAACUGGAACAGAAGCAAUCCGUGGAAAGUGCGGCGCGCGGGUUCGAGGCACGAGCGCAUGCGCAUUGCUUUCUCGGCGAUGGGCGCGAGGGCGCUGCUGAGGGGGCCGCACCGCCGCCUCCUCCGCCGCCUCCUCCUGGGCGGCGGUUGGGGGCGCCGCUCCGCCGCGGGCCCCGGCGCCCUCAGCCCCUUCGACCGGCAGCUGAAGAGGAAGCAGAAGGAGUGGGCGGCGGCGCGGCCGGAGAUGCAGCGCUGCGAGUACCUGAGGGAAGAGGUGAGCGCCGCUGGGGAGGCGAGGGCGGAGAGCCCCCGGGCCGGGUUCCUGGAUGCGGCCCCCUCGGCCCCCGCCACCCAACGCCGAGAACGUAGAAGGACCCUUUUCGUGUACAGUGUUCGGGCCAGCAGCUUCAGCGUCCGGUUUUGCGCAUUGGGAUCCACGAAGGUUGACUAGGGCUCAAUGUCAUUCGGAUAGAGUAGCUGAGGAUCCUUCGACCCACCAAAGGUGGUUGGAGGGGCGGGGCAUAACUCUUCAAACCAAGUAAAUCAAUAAUCCUGCCUCCAGGAAAAUAAUAAUAAUAAAUAAUGCCUUAUUUAUCUGCUGCUAACCACACUGCCAGCCUUCCAGCAAUAUGAGUCCAAGUGCAUGUGGCUGAUCGCUAGCAAAUGGGAAAACGUCAGUAUAAAAAUAUAUAGUCCCAGAUUUACUUUGUCGUUCCUGUUCUCUUUUUUGCUGCCUGGAUUCAGACAACACCUAGCGUGAACCAUGGUUUGGCUGUUGGGCACACCUUGGCGGGAUCCUGCACUCUUCCCUCUGUGCCUUUGACAUUGAGACUAUGGCUAGUGCAAUCCCUGCAAACUUUACAAAUAUGUUUCGGACUAUCAGGUCAAAGUGAGUUCUGUGUCUGGUACGAAAAUAGGGUUGUAUUCAACUGAGUUUUACACAGAGGUGAUCUUUUGAAAUUAAUGACCAUGAGUAACUGCUCCAGUCAUUUCAAUGGGUCUGUUGAGUAAAGGUUAGCUGGUUGCAAUCCAUAACUUAACCAGCCUUACUGUGUGCCUUGAUUUGGGGAGGCAGGGGAGAAAAUUUGCUGUUCUGCACCAGCAAAUGUAUUACAACAGUUCCAGGAAGGGAGGGAGAGUAAUAGCCUGCAGGAGCUUUCAUGAUCACCAAAUAAUGGUUUGACAUUCUGUCUGAAUUAAGCCACUGAUUGAGCAUCACUUUUCAGUUAAAUGUGGAAAAAAUUAAAUUUUUCCUAAGAUCAAAAUUGGUAGUGAUACUAGUUAAUCUGUGGUGGUGGUUAAUUUAUUCUCUGGAAGUGGUGAACCCAUAUAGUGAGAACCAACUGUUCUUCCUUCUGUUUCACAGGUUGGUAGUAGGAUAGCUGACCGUGUGUUUGACAUAACUAGGUAAGAUAUUAGCCUAUUCAAUUUGUAUGUCUAGCUGUUUUCACAAAAUCCAUGCUAUUUCAACUAUACUGUAAAGUUUAAAGAAAGUUGGGUAUGGGGAAUUAUAAAAGCUUCCUGGUAUCAUUGACAGUAAAUUCAGGUAGGUAGCCGUGUUGGUCUGACGCAGGGUUAAACCACAGAGCCUAGGACUUGCUGAUCAGAAGGUCGGCGGUUCAAAUCCCCAUGACGGAGUGAGCUCCCGUUGCUCGAUCCCUGCUCCUGCCAACCUAGCAGUUCGAAAGCACGUCAAAGUGCAAGCAGAUAAAUAGGUACCGCUCCGGCGGGAAGGUAAACGGUGUUUCUGUGCACUGCUCUGAUUCGCCAGAAGCGGCUUAAUCAUGCUGGCCACAUGACCUGGAAGCUGUACGCUGGCUCCCUCGGCCAAUAAAGCGAGAUGAGCGCCGCAACCCCAGAGUCGGCCACGACUGGACCUAAUGGUCAGGGGUCCUUUUAUCUAAGGUGUUACUGGACAAUUUUUUAAUUUUUUUAUUAGACAGUAAAACGGUAAUGUUUCCAUUCAGUGGAAGGUGUGUAAUUGGGAGUUGGAUUUGGAUCAAAACAAAUAUUGUACUGUUUUGUUUCUUGAAAGUUUCAUUCUUUGUUUUUGCUUAAAAAACUUUUAAAAAUUAUAUUUCCCCAAUAUGAAUUAUAAUGAUAACAAACAGAAAUGUAUUGCAUAGAAAAUACAGCAUGUCACAUAAGAGAAGUUUAAGAAGUUUACACUGGUAUAAUUUAAUAACAUUCAUCUCUUAAAAGAGAGCAAUCUAGUAACCAAGAUUUGAGAGCAUACAUUACCUGGCUGUGGGUCAGUGAUAAAGAAGAAAACAUAAAUUGAGAUAUUUUGAGGUAACAGAAGGAAGACUGAUAGUUAUUCACAUGCCUGUUUAAAGGUAUAGUUAAGAACAAGAGACCAAAAUUGGCAGCCAUAAAUGACACUGAAUCUAGAUUUGUGCAUAAGCUGAAUGAACCAAAUGUCCAUGCGCUUAUACAUUUGUAUAUGAAAUAAAAUAAAAUGACUUUGGGAGUACAGUGUUGUGUGCUGCUGUAACAGCAACUUGUGUAACUAAGCAACACCUUGUAAAAUAUGAUUAAUGAGAAAUAGCAGCAGACAUAAUAGCAAAAAUUGAACAUGUGCCUAAAUGUAAUCACGUUUAGAAAUAGUAGUUUUUAGUGAAACUUUAAGUGAGGUACAUAGGGUUGCAGUAUUCUUUCCACAGAUCUGACAUCAUAAUGACACUUGUCAGAGAAACCUUCCCAUCAACCAAUUGCAAGUGGAGGUUGCAUACAUUUUGCAUGUUUUAACUUACAAAAUUUUGAGGUGACAUCUUUGAAGACAUGAACUCAUGGGUAUAAUAAAAAAAGCCUUUGCAAUUACUAUUAAGGCAUUUGCUCUCCUGGCUGAAGCUGUUACAUUAACAGCAUUGAACACGAAGGGACUAACUUAUGAGUAAAUUUAUGAGUAAACAUGCAAAGAACUGUACUUCAGGUAAAAUGAAAGGGCACAGCCCUUCAGAGGAAUGAGACUUCAGAGGAAGAGACUUGAUCAGAUCAGGCCUAUACAUCAAGCCAGAUAUUCUCUCUAAGUGCCACUUAGUUCAGAGGGACUUACUCUCAAGUAAGUGUACACAACAUUGCAGCCUGUGUCUAACUUAGAGAGUAAGAAUUGCACCAAAGCAUUAUAUAUUAGGAGUCUUACUGAGCUGCAUCUUUGCAAAUAAUUUGCAUUUAUUUUUCCUAAAGGACUUUUCCCCUUGCACUGGAUCUUGGCUGUGGACGAAGCUACAUAGCUCAGCAUUUAAAUAAGGUAUGAUUUCCUCUGGAUCUUUGGCUUAGAUUUGAAUUACACAGAGAGAACUGAACAGUAGAUCUACCUUGGGCUUUUCUCUUAUGCAUAAUAAAAAUAGAUCUAGCCACAGUGGGUUGGAUCCAGACUUGCCAAUGUCAAAUCUGUUUUGAGUCUGUUGUCAGCAAAAUUCUGAGUGCUGUCACAGACAAUGCCAUAUUAAUAGCUUAACCCUGUGAUUGAUAACUUGGAUGUAAAUCACAUUGGCCUCUGAUAGGAUUUACACCCACAUGGAUAGGAUUGCACUUUAUGGUGUACAUUACACAAUAUUGUCUCCCUGCAGAAUAAAGCUUUUAGAUACGGACCAGGAUAUUCUUCUUUUUGUCUGUCUUCACCCAAACUAACUCUCCCAUCUCACUCGCCCCUAGAUAAAAUCGGGUAAACGGUUGGAGACAAUUUAUGGUCAUUUUUGUUUCAGGAUGUCAUUGAACAGCUUUUUCAAGCAGAUAUUGCAGAAAACGCUUUGGUAGGUAGCUGUCUUGUACUUGCUAGCUGUUUAAUCCAUGAUAUUGAAAAGUAAAGCACCUUAACUACAGUCCUAAGCCAUUUCUAUUCUAAUCUAAUUUAGAAAAACGCAAUAGAAUCCGAAAUACCCAGAGUCAGUGUUAUAGCUGAUGAAGAGUUCCUUCCUUUCAAGGAGAAUACAUUUGAUCUUGUUGUCAGUGGAUUGAGGUAAUUAAUAAGUGAACUAAAGGUAAACAAAAUAGUUUCUAGUGAUUGCGGCUUGGCUCUGAAAAGGCUUGUGGGUGUGAAUUAAAGCAUUUCCAUGCAUGGGGUGAGGUUGAGGAAGAGCUAUCUUUCUUCAAAAUUCAGUCCCUAGCACUGUAACAGUUGCUUCUUUGGCGGUGGGGCUUCUGAGCUACCAAGAUCUACAAAUUAUUGUUAUGUGAAGGGGAAGGGGGCUGAAAAGCUCUAAAGCACAAAUAGAACACUGCAUAUGUUCCUUUGGAUCCUGGCCUCUGUAUCUUAAAAACACGUGGAAGCUAACACUUCUGUUGGAUACCAAGCCAUUACACACUCACCUGGAAAUAAGUCCUAUUGAACUCAAUGGGGCCUACUUCUAAGUAGAUAUGUAUGGUAGUACAAAGUUGGUCUCCAAAACCAAUAUGUGGUGCUUUUACCGUUAAGGCUUUCUGGCUGCUUUCAGAAAUUAUUUCAUCCAAACUGGGAGUGGUUGUUACCACUAACUACAACUAGUUUCAAAAGCAAGCCAACAUCAAACCAUGGCUUAUGAAGCUGGCUUGUUUACACUGUCAUAGCUCAAGCAGAAUGACAAGCUGAGUUUAAUACUGCUGAUCAUCCAAACACACGAAAUGAGGUGGUGUGUGGAACAAAAGAAUCCAUGGCUUAACUUGGUUCCCUCCAGAUGUUGGACUUCAACUCCCAACAGCAUGACCAACAGUCAGGGAUGAGUAGUGUUGUAGUCCAAAAGGUCUAUAGGGCACCAGGUUGAGGAAGGCUGUACUAAGCCAUAGUUCUGUGUUGCACAUAUGCAUGGCUGCAUUUGGAUGCAUCUGGAUUGUUUAGCAGCAAAUACAACAGCAGCCUGCUUUAACGUGGCAAGAUUCCCAGUGUAUUUGAAAACCUCAGCCAGUUUCAAUCCUAGACCUGUAGAGUUGGAAUGGACCCUGAGGAUCAUCUAGUCCAACCCCCUGCAAUGCUGGACUAUAUAGCUGUCCCAUAUAGGGAUCAAACCUGCAACUUUGGCGUUAUCAGCACCAUGCUCUAAACAACUGAAUGGGAUAUUUGGAGUCGUGCAGAAAAAUAAGAUUCCAAGGCUGCAAUCCUAUGCAUGCUUACCAAUAAGUAAGCCCCACUGAACUCACUGGGACCUAUUUGAGUAACUAUGCAUAGGAUUGCACAGCAAGUGUGGCUCAUAGCUCUUGUCUUAGCCUUUUCUUACUCUGUCAUAUUUUAUAUCCAAUACAGUUACCUUUGUGCCAGUAACCCACAACCUGUGCUGCCUGAAACUUGCAUUGCUGAGAGAGCUCCAUACCUUUUAUUAAUCCAUUUUUCAUUUAAUUGUUUUUUUAGCUUGCAUUGGGUAAAUGAUCUUCCCAAAACAUUGCACGAGGUAAGUACAAGUAUUACUGUUCCUGUAAAGUUGAUAGAUAGGAAUUUGGCUGAGUAUAAGUACUAGGGAGAGUAAUAUUUAAUCAUACUGAGUUUUUCCAAUAUUGUGCUGGCCAUGUCUUUACAUUUUCCAGUUGGAAACUGGGAACUAUCACUUUAUAUUAUUAUUAUUAUUAUUAUUAUUUCUUAUUAUUUUUAAAAAAUGACUGGGUAGGCUGGGACAUGGAGAGUUGUCUAUCUGCCUUGAUAUAUUUUGGGGGAGUGAAGGGGUGUCUUUUUAAUUGUUACCCCUCCAAAAAAACCACUGUUAAACAUUCAGGUACUGGAAAUGUCAGUGUUGUGAAUAUAUAUCUUAAUCAGAUGCUUUGUUUAUGCUUUCCAGUCAACCUAUAUUCUAAAUCAUUUAUCCUUGUGCCAUUAAUUAUGUACCAAAAUAGCAGCACCCUUGUAAAAGUAGGAGGUAUUAGCAUGCACAGAGUAGUUCGGGGGGUUGCAGAAGUAUAAAAAUACUGGGAUGAGGGUGAUCAGGGACCCUGAAAAUAGACCAGUGAGGACUGAGCACUCCUAGUGAGCAAAGACUGCUGACUUGCGAGGAGGAACACAGGGGAGGGAAUGGCAUGGCUGGGGGUGGGGUGGUAUAUUGUGGUUUACUGCAAUGGGAAGUGUUCUAGUGCAUGCUACCUGAUCGCUCAUGCUUCCCUCCUCACCUGGCGCAAGUGGGGGAAACAAGUAAGGAAGCCACAGUGAAAACCUGGCUGUGCUGUCCAAAUCAGGGAUUGUGGUUUGUUUCUCCCCAACAAGCUUUAAACCACUGUUUGUUUGGCGUGUUUUGGGAGCGGAGUUUGAACUAUACAUAUCACCACAAAACAACUUUUGUUCAUGCGUUACUUAAUUACAGUGACUUGUUUCAGAUACAUCGAAUCCUUAAACCAGAUGGAGUAUUUAUUGGUGCCAUGUUUGGGGGAGACACGCUCUAUGAGCUUCGUUGCUCUUUACAGCUGGCCGAACUGGAAAGGGAAGGUGGAUUUUCCCCACACGUAUCUCCGUUUACUGCUGUCAGUGACUUAGGACAUCUGCUGGGAGGAGCUGGCUUCAACACAUUGACUGUGGUAAUUAUCAGUUACAGGAAAGGAAGCCCUGAAAACAGUUGCUUAUUGAAAAUAUCUGAAUAAAGUUGUGUGCUUUUGUUUCUCCAUAUUCAUACCUCAAUUCUUCUUGGCCAAUCUUUCUUAAGAAGCUGCUGCCUCUUCUAUUGGCUGGCCCUGUUGCUCUUCCUUUUUCCUUCAGAGACUCUGCCUCUUGGUCCUCUUACUAAUUAGGUUUCUAAUUACCACCUACUCCGUUUUCCCAUUUCUCUAUUUGCUGUAAGUGGCACAAAGCUUUCCUGUUGCUGGCUUGGUGUAAUGUGCUUUAUCUUACCAAACUCCUCUUCUUCUAUUGUAUGUGGAAUCAAGUUUAAUUUAUACAAAAGAGCUGGGUUUAGUCUUCAUUGUGUCCCACUAUUGGGCCUUUAUGAAGUGCAUUAUUUUGAGUAUGUUUAAAAACCUAAACCUUCCUAUUUUUAGGAUACUGAUGAAAUCCAAGUUAAUUAUCCAGGGAUGUUUGAGAUUAUGGAUGAUCUGCAAGGCAAGUCUACCUUUUUCAUUAGCAAAUUAGCAGUAUAGCAUACUGUUCUGUAUUUUAUGGUUAAAUGCCCUAGGCUUUGUAGAGGAGCAUUCCAGGUGGCUAAUCCAUGACACCUAUGUACCCUGUACGUAUAUUCUACGGGUGGCAUGGGGAUCCUGUGUGGCCCUCCAGAUGUUGUUGAGCUACAGCUUCCAUAAUCACUGACUAUUGGCCAUGCUGGCUGGCAAUGAUGAUAGCUGAUGAUGGGAGCCCAGGAUCCCUAGCCCAGUCCUACAGAUUGGUUAAAACAGAGUAGUUGGUUUUUUUUUGGUACAAUUGAGGCUGAUGUUUGAACAAGAAAACAUUGUCUGCUAGCCUUUGAAGGUAAGGGGGAGCACUAAUUUAAUGUAUGUUACUAGUAGCGUUCAUCUUGAGUAGGUAGCAUGCCACCUCUGAUCAGUUGUGAAUCUCCAGUGUAAUUUUAGAUCAAGCUGAAUAGCCAUUUCUAUUCUUGCCUUAAUGCAAAUAAAUAAAUAAAUAAAUAAAUAAAGGAAUCGCUUUGACAGCUGGGGCAGGUAGAUAUUGCUGUCAAAGGGCAAAAUACUUGCUUUAAAUCAUCCUUAACUAAAUUUUACCAAAAAAUUGAGCUACAGUCCUACACACACUUACCUGGAAGUAAAUCCUAUUGAACUUGAUGAUGCUUGCUUCUGAAUAAACAUAAUAUAGUGUUUUAGAAAACUACUUCUGGAAAGUUUUCCUCACGCUGUUUAGAAGAUGUUUCCAUCUAAAGUGGUUAAACCACCUAUCUGUAAUAGUCUGCAUGAUCAUCACAAUAUAUACUGCUUUGUAAGGUGUCUCUAGGGUUUGUUUACCAUGACUGCAGUCCUAUGCACACUUCUCUGAGUGGAAGCGUCUUUGAAUGCUGAACACCUCUAAGUAAAUAUGUAUAUGAUCAGUUGGCAGAUAGGAUUUUUGAAUUGCAUAUCUCGUCCCAUAUUGUCAUAUUAUUGAUUUGAAAUGCAGAGUGUGAAACUCAUCGUGUGUGCUGUAUCUUCUUUUAAAGCCUGAAAACUAUUUUUAGGUAUGGGAGAAAGCAAUUGCUCUUGGAGCAGAAAACCUAUGCUACACAGGGCAACCAUGUUGGCGGCAGCAGCUGUGUACAGAGGUGAGUUUGGUGUUUGAACUGGAAUGUCUUAACUUGAUGAGAUGGGUACCUUUGAUAGACCUGUAUUGGCUUAAAUAGAUUAAAUUUUACUAUAUGGUGAAAAGUUGAGCCAUAGCUGUCUCUGAAUAGGUUUGUGCCAUAUCGUUUCACCAGCCUUCCCUGCAAACAAGUGUUUUCAAGGUUGGUUGCCCAUCCUUUUCUGUUUUCUCACUUCUUCCUCCUCCCCACCAUAAUGCACACGGCUUUCCAAUGCUGGAACAUAUUUUGCUUCCCUUAAUGCCAAGAAAGAGUGGGAGCUCACAGCUGCUUCAUUUAGCUGGGCAAAGAACCACGAUAUGAAAGUUGUCAUUCUUUGCUCUCUUCUGCCAAAAGGACCAGCAGAAGUGGAGGUUCAUGCAAUCACCAUAGCAAAAGAAAAGCCGCACACUAGCAUGACAGUUGGAUGACUGUUCUUUUCCCUAGUCCUUAAAGAAUUUAAAGGGCAGAAGCUGGCCAGAAAGGCUUCUGGUACAGAAAGUGGGUGGAUAGUUGGCUGCCUGGAUGCCUGACUAGCACUGCUCAUCUUAGUCAAGUGGCUCAUUUCAUGCCUGAGUUGCGCAACCCAAUGACUUAAGUAGCUCCUCAGUAUCUAAAAAUAAUAUAAAAAUGAAUGUAUUUAUAUAUUAUGCAAAUAAAAUUAUGACUGCCUGCUUAGGCAAUUAAGUCUGUGUCCUAUUCUGCAGUAUUUCUCUGGUAUUAUGUAUAAUACAUGUUUCUUCCAUAGAAAUGUAUGGAAAUGAUGAUGGGACCGUUCCUGCAACAUUUCAAAUAUAUUACAUGAUAGGUUGGAAAUUCCAUGAAACCCAGGUAACGUGCAUCCCUUUGAUUACAACUAGAGUGUCUAAAUAAGCAUAUAUUUACAUAUAUUGUGUUAAGCUUUUUCAGUGGAAUUCCUUUACCAGCUUUUAUUUAAUUUGAUUAAAUUCCAUGCUCUUCAUACAUAACAUGAUUCCUUCUGUCUUCUUUUCAGGCAAGACCAGCACAGAGAGGUUCAGCAACGGCAUCAUUUGGCGAUCUGAGAAAAAUUAAUGAACUAAUUCCAGGAGGGAAAAAGCUUUGAGAUAUUCACACUGCCAUGUGCUUUUUAAAAUUGACGUGCCACUGACUUUAUUUAUGUAUGUAAAUAGAAACAGCAUAGGUGUAUGGAUUUUUAUGGUAUAAUGCCAAAUAAAAUCAUGGUAUUUCA